CGGACUGGGCGUCGCUGACUUUGGGUGUGUUUGUUUGCCAGGCCUGUUCGCUCCUUCACCGGAGCAUUCCCCACAUCAGCCGGGUCAAGUCUGUCCAGGACAGUGGGAUGCCAGCGAGGUGGAGUUGAUGGCUGCUACGGGAAACAAUGCAGCCAAGGCCAAAUAUGAGCAGAAGGUUCCGGCUUUCUACUACAGACCAACACACACUGACUGCAAGCUGCUGAGAGAGCAGUGGAUCAGAGCGAAGUACGAGAGGAAUGAGUUUGAGUUUAUCGAAAAACAGGAGCCUUACUCUGCAGGGUACAGAGAGGGGUUUCUAUGGAAACGAGGAAGAGACAACGGUCAGUUUCUCAGCCGAAAGUUCAUCCUGUCGGAGAGGGAGGGAGCGCUGAAAUACUUCAACAAGCAGGAUGCCAGGGAUCCCAAAGCAGUGAUGAAGAUUGAGACCCUCAAUGCCACCUUCCAACCGGCCAAGAUUGGCAACCCCUGUGGUCUGCAGAUCACCUACCUGAAAGACAACAGCACAAGGAACAUCUUUGUCUACCACAGUGAUGCUAAGGAGAUGGUUGACUGGUUCAAUGCCAUCAGAGCGGCCAGGUUCCACUACCUACAGGUGGCCUUCCCUGGAGCAAGUGACGAAGAGCUGGUACCCAAACUAACCCGAAACUUCAUGAAAGAAGGCUUUAUGGAGAAAACAGGUCCAAAGCACACAGAGGGCUUCAAGAAGAGGUGGUUUACUAUGGAUGACAGAAGACUCAUGUACUUUAAAGACCCUCUGGAUGCCUAUGCCCGUGGUGAGGUGUUCAUUGGCAGUAAGGAGAACAGCUACACUGUCCUAGCCGUGCCCCCCUCCACACAGGGCUACCACUGGAACAAUGGCAUCACCAUUGUCACGCCAGACAGGAAGUUCCUGUUUGCCUGUGAGACCGAGGCAGAGCAGCGGGAUUGGAUAGCUGCCUUCCAGAGGGUUAUUAAUCGACCAAUGAGGCCACAGGAAUAUGCAGGUGUGAAAAAUUUCUGUUUCUAUGUUUUUGACUGCUAGUAGCACAAUGGAGGUGGUAGAAUGUACUUAUCUACUUGGGUGCUAAAAGUGCA